CCCCUGCAGUGUCCCUCUGUGGGACAGAUCUUGUCCCACUAUGGGUUGACUAACGCCAGUCAGCUGACAGUGGAGCAUCUGGAGAGGAUCUGUCCUGCUGUGUUGACUCAGGUGCUGCUGCCCUCCUGCCCAUAUAAAAAAAAAAUGACCCUGCAGCCUGUUACCUACCAUGUGUGGGGUUAUGGCUUCCUGUCUGUCACCAUUAUUAACCUGGCCUCUCUCCUGGGCCUGGCACUCAUCCCCUUCACCAAGAAGCCGUACUUUCCCAAAGUGCUCACCUACUUCAUCGGCCUGGCCAUCGGCACGCUCUUCUCCAAUGCUGUGCUGCAGUUAAUACCAGAGGCCCUGGGAUUUGAUCCCAGAGCGGACGACUACAUUCUCAAGGCCAUCGGAAUAUUUGGUGGAUUUUACCUGCUGUUCUUCACAGAGAAAGUACUGAAGAUGGCACUAAGAACAGAGCAUGAGCAUGGCCACAGUCACUUCUCUCCUCCAGGUCAGCGGAGGCAGAACUCUCUCCAGAAUGGAGAUGUGUCUGAGAAGAAAGAGUCUAUCACCAUGACUACGUGUACCAUCAGCAGCAUCAGUACAGACAACACCAGCCCAGACCCUCCAGUAUCAUCCACAGAACCACCUGCUCAGGAAGUCCAUGUCAAUAAUGUGAUGUGCCACUGGCUGCGGGGUCAGCGCAUCGCCAACAUAAAGACGGUGGCCUGGAUGGUCACACUGAGUGACGCUCUGCACAACUUCAUCGACGGCCUGGCGAUCGGAGCUUCUUUUACCGUGUCUGUCGUCGCUGGCUUCAGUACCUCCAUCGCCAUCGUCUGUGAGGAGUUCCCCCACGAGCUAGGGGACUUUGUGAUUCUGCUGAAUGCUGGGAUGAGUAUCCCCCAGGCCGUCUUCUUCAACCUGCUGUCAGCCAUGUCCUGCUACAUCGGCCUGGCCUUCGGCAUCCUGCUGGGCAGCAACUUCGCCCCCAACGCCAUCUUCGCCAUCGCUGGGGGAAUGUUCCUCUACAUAGCACUGGCAGAUAUGUUCCCAGAGAUGAACGCCGUGAUGAAUGAACAGGACGGGUCGACGGCGACCAAUGUUAUCUUCUUCCUGAUCCAGAACGCCGGGCUGCUCACCGGGUUCGCUAUCAUCCUGCUCAUCACCAUGUUCGUUGGUGAGAUCAACCUGGGUUAGAGCCAAUGCCGUAGCUAUAGUAACACUAGAUGACUGACAGGGGGGGGCUGUUUUGAAGCCACUGCGCCACCAUCUUUUUUUUAUUGAAAUACCGUAGAAUUAAUUUCAUUCCUACGGAGGACUGCUCCUUCUGAGGAGUACCAAUAUGGUGGACGGUGGCUUCAAAGUCUGUCAUUGGCCAAUAUAUAGCAUCGGCAAUCUAGUGUUCAUACACAUCAUUGGGUAGAGCUGGGUGAGAGGGAAGAAAAGAACAAGGGAGGGAGAGAAAAACGAGAAUGAGAGGAACAAUGAGAGAAAUAAAUCAUUUCAAAGACCAAAACGUGAAUGAACAGAGCUGCUUUCAUUCCGCUCCGACAUCACAUCGGACUGGGAAGUGCCCACGUCUUGUUUUACACUAAUUGUUUACUGGGAAACUGAAUAUUUGUCCUUUUAUUUUUUUCCUGACUAUCAUUAUAUUUAAAUAGAGGGAACAAUCACGUAACUAGUGUAAAUGAAAUAAAGAAACAAUGUAUUUAAAACAAAUGUUUUCAAUAAAUUAUUUUUUCAGUCUUUACAA